GCAAGAUAUGAAAUCAUCGGCGGGGCGCGAUCGAGAUCGUCCAAGAACCAACACACACUACCACACGCGGACGCGCGGGGAAGUGUCGGCAGGGACGAGACCAUCCAAGGCGCGAAGAUUGAACCGCUUGCCGGCAAGCAGACCCAGGGAGCGAGAAGAGACCCGGGAAUCGAUGUUGAGAACGUAGAUGGUACCAGGAUUCCUCCCCUGGGUGCUGUAAGGGAGACAACACCACCUCCCUAG